CACAGGCAAGACACAACCGGAAGUUAGCAAAAGGAAACCUCUCGAAGGGGACUUCAAUUCCUUUUUGUGAGCGCCGAUUAAAAGAUUUGUAAUCAUGGUGAAGAUUUUCGUGGGAAAUCUGCCCAGAGCGACAAACGAGGAUGAAAUCAAGGCACUCUUUACCGAGUAUGGCACUGUCACAGAAUGUGCCAUCAUCAAAAACUUUGCCUUCGUCCACAUGGACGACCGCAAGGCUGCCACCAAAGCCAUCAAGAAUCUGCACCUCUACAAGCUGCACGGCACGCCAAUCAACGUGGAGGCCAGUCAUGGAAAGAACCAGGGCUCAGUCAAACUGCAUGUAGCAAAUGUAGAGAAAGGAUCUGAUGAUGAGCUGCGUGCUCUGUUUGAGGAGUACGGCACGGUCACAGAGUGUGCUGUUGUUAAGAAUUUUGCUUUUGUACACAUGUCCAACUCUGAUGAGGCCAUGGAUGCCAUCAAGGGACUGGACAACACAGAAUUUCAAGGCAAACGCAUCCAUGUCCAGAUUUCCAAGAGUCGUCCCAGACAUGAAGAACGGGAUGAUUACCCCCCUCCUCCCCCAGACAGGGGUGGCUAUUGGCCCCCACGCUAUCCAGGAGAGUGGCCCGAGCCUCCUCCACCUGGCUACAUGAGGGGUCGUCUUAGCCACAUACCCCCAGGUUACCCUGCCCCUCCUCUGCCUCCCCCUCCCCCUAGACGAGCAGUUUAUCCAGAUCGCCCUUACGAUGCUGAGAGGGACAGAUAUGGCGUGGUAGAUUACUAUGAGAAGUACCGAGCCCGUCCGUAUGGCAUGGCCACCUACGACGACCAGCGUCCCGGCGUGCCUCCUCCUCCCCCUCCCCCGUCAGCCGUCGUCCGAGACCGUCUUCCGAACUCGUCGCUUGACCCAUAUGAGCGUCGGCCCCUUCCUCCACCUCCUCCGUCCUCAUACUACGCCCGAGAUCGAAGUCCGCUUAGGAGACCGCCUACCACACCAGUGCCCCCUGCCAGUAACGGCUACUCCUAUGAUCGCUCUGCAUACGGAGUUCCACGUGCAAGGGACCCCUACGCAGAUCGGCUGCCUCCGCCACCGCCUGCACGCUACGCUUAUUAAGCAAGGGCGGCGCAUUUUGAAGGAUUGUCGUCCGACUGCGUCGCCGCUCGGCGCCUCCUGAUGCACGUGACUCUAUCCUCUCCCUGUCAGUGGCUGAGCGCGUAACGUUCCCCUGCGAUGCUGACAGGAGGAAGCGAAUAGCCGACGUCCACGUCUCUUUCUGUUUUUAUUACUUUGAGGCAAUUUUUACACUCGUAUUUUUCCUCCUGGUUGUUUUAAUAUGUAAUUGUGCUGUAGUACUUUUACUGCUUGCCGUCUGGAGUAGGUGUUUAUUUUUUAUUUUAUUUUUUUUGUACUUUUUCGUUUGAGUAAUACUGAUGUUGUUUGUGACCUUAGAGAAGCUGAAUGAGUUCAGCAACAGUUUCUAGGCGAUACUUGUGACUGUAGAUUUAACUGAACUUAACUUUGUUUGGUAUAAAAUCUAAUCUGCACGUUGACUCCAUCAUGUAAAACUUUUACACCGCACAACAAACCGCUGUGAAAAACUUAAACUGCUCAAAUGUAGGAGUUCGAUGCAUGUAGGAAGUAACUGUUAACUUACAGAAAAUAAAUGUCAGUCGGAAGUCUCCUCAGAGCGUUUAUAUGUGCAUUGUCAAACACUUCUAAUUAACCUGAUUCAAAUAUUGUUGUAGGGUCACCGGAAAUAUCAUUUUAAAAGUUAUCCGUUUGUUAGCGAUGAAAUACCGUGAGACAAGCUUGUUAAAAUCGUCACGCUGAUUAAAAAAAACACGCCAAAACUUUCCUCACUGGUCUUGUCUGAAAUGCUGCAGCUUUUAUUCCUCAGCAGGGCGUCUGACAUCUUUCCUCAGUGCCAAAGUUGAAGCUUCUCAUAUUUGAAGGCAAGUAAAGAAAAGCUAGCGCUCUCUAAACCUACUGAACCCACACUGGUUUUGAUAGGUGAGACUGGUUUACCUUUAGUCAUAUUGGGGAGGGGGUAUUACCUCAACAACUUCUGGACACCUUCGCAGUGAAAAGGUAAGUGACAGGUUACUGGAUUGGAAAGAAUGCUGAUGUAGUGCUGAAACACAUUCCACAGUUGUAUGAUUCUUUUAGGUGAAUUAUUACUUUCAUUCAAUAGAGUUUUGUGUAGUAGCCAGAAAAAACUUGGGGAUUUCUUUAGGCUGUCUUUAUGCCAAGAAAGUCCUGAAAGUACCAAAGGUAGAUACAGAGAACAUGAAUAAGAGAACCAUCAGGUGUGGUCGGUUAUUUAGUGAUGGAAUGAUCCACUCUUACGCAUCUUUUGGGGAAAAACAUCAUCAUGCUGGAAAAUCUUACACAAAUGUCUUAAGCUAGUCAGACUGAACAGGUGAAGGAAAGUUGAGAACAAACGUUAACUCAGUUUGGUUUUGUGGAGUCUGUUAAGGCCCUUGUGCUUCUCUGAAGGUUAAAAGAACUUCCACUGGCAUCUGUGGUGAUUUCUAUGGCUAUCCGGUGCAUGUAAUAGUUUCACCACUUUGUGAAAAACUUGGCUUGUGAGUCUAAUUCAGGGGUGGGCAAUCUCAGUCCACGAGGGCCGGUGUCCCUGCUGGUUUUAGAUGUGUCCUCGAACCAACACAGCUGAUUUAAAUGGCUAAAUUAGCUCCUCAACAUGUCUUGAAAUUCUCCAGAGGCCUGGUAACGAACUAAUGUGAUUCAGGUGUGUUGACCCAAGGUGAGAUCUAAAACCUGCAGGGACAUCGUCCCUCGUGGACUGAGAUUGCCCACCUCUGGUCUAAUUGUUGGUUAGUACGCCUGCUUCAGUGUAGACAACAGGUGUUGAACUCCAGGCCUCGAGGGCCGGUGUCCUACAGGUUUUAGAUGUGUCCUUGAUCCAACACAGCAGAUUUAAAUGGCUAAAUCACCUCCUCAACAUGUCUUGAAAUUCUCCAGAAGCGUGGUAAUGAACUAAUCAUUUGAUUCAGGUGUGUUGACCCAGGAUGUUAUCUAAAAUCUGCAGGACACUGGCCCUCAAGGCCUGGAGUUCGACACCCAUGGUGUAGACCGUUUAGGGCAGGGGUGUCAAACUCCAGUCCCCGAGGGCCAGUAUCCUGCUUGUUUUUGCGAUAUCCCUGCCCUACCUGCUGCUGAUUACCUGGAUCAGGUGUGCUUUGCCAAUAAGAAGCUACAAGGGCUGGUUAGUUGGAAAAGAAGCAGGAUCGCGGCCCUCAAGGCCUGGAGUUCGACACCUGUGGUUUAGGGAUUCGUAACGCACUUCCACUUAGGUGGUAUGGAUCAGCACUCAGUAUAUCUCACCCUCCACUCCAAUGAAUAAACGGUGCUAGUGUGGAUUUGGGCCAUGGGCCGGCAGUUGAAAGAACAGGUCAUUUUUAAGUAAUCAGACAUCUGUCACAUUCUCUAAUGUUGAACAAAUAGAGAAGAACUCGACUGACUGUCGUCUGCCUGUCUGCAGUUUGCUAAUGAUUAUAGGGACAAGUGAGAAGGCUGCUGAGGCAGGGUUUAGUGGGGUUAAAUAGGAACAGUGGUGCUUUGGUUUGUCAUUACAUCGCUUAUAGAUGGCUAAUACUGGAUCACUUAUUUGGGUUCUCUAUCUAUUUUAGGGAAAUCUGAUGAUGAUAUCAGUCAUGUAAAGAUAAACCUUUUUCAACAUUCACUUGCAAGUGUAUGUUUGGAAAUUGAUUUUAAUCAUUAAGAGGUUCAGAGGUGUUAGCUAGUCUGCAAAACUGUCUGGCUGUUCUUUAUGUACACUGUACAGACUGUGAACGAUACGCUUUGCUGCUGACUGAUCGGAUGCCAGCAGCAGGGUUUCAAAUGCAUCUGAAUUUUUAAAAAAUGAAGAAAAAAAAUGAUGGCAGCUUUUAGGGAAAGUCGAGGUCUUUUUAAAAUUGGAAAUUUGAAUAAUUUAUUUUUACAGUUUUUUUUUUUUUUUUUUUUUUUUGAUUGAAUGAACGUGAAGGAUUUACCACAGAACACUACAUUUGGAAUUGAAGAUGUGAUAUUUCUAUAUAUUAUAAAUAUAUAGAUUUUAAACCCUUGUAAACAUGAAGUUGGUUACUAGUGUGUGGGAAUUUCACAGUAAUAAUUUCUUUAAUGUAUUGUCAGCUUUUGGAUUU